CGCAACGGCCCUUCAACAACAGCCAACAACCACCUAACAUAAAACCAACGCACACCAUGCGCGGCAAAGUUGGAGGUGCCGACAACGUACGCGUGUGCGUGCGCGUGCGCCCGAUGAACACCACAGAGGAAGAGACUGGCUGCAAGAAUGUCGUGUCCGUGGAUGAACAGCGAGGCUCGGUGACAGUGAAUCACCCAUCCGGAGGACAGCCAGCGAAGACGUUUUCCUUUGACCAUUCCUUCAACGCCAACGUCAAACAGGUUGACGUGUACAACACAACCGCAAGACCAAUUGUCGAGGCUGCACUGGAAGGUUACAAUGGCACCAUCUUUGCAUACGGACAGACUGGCACAGGCAAAACAUACACCAUGGAAGGCGUGCGGUCUGUGCCGGAGAAGCGGGGCAUCAUCCCAAACUCCUUUGCCCACAUCUUUGGCCAAAUCUCAAAGGCCGAGGGAAACGCUCGGUUCCUUGUGCGCUGCUCGUAUCUUGAGAUCUACUGUGAGGACGUUGUGGACCUGCUUGGAGACGUGUCCAAGAAACUGGACAUCAAAGAACACCCAGAGUCUGGUGUGUUCGUUCAGGGGCUGACACAAAAGAUCGUGAAGAGUGCGGAGGACAUGGACACGCUCAUGACGCACGGCAACGCAAACCGCAAAGUUGGAGCCACAAAGAUGAACAAGCAAUCCUCUCGCUCCCACGCCGUCUUCACCAUCAUGAUCGAACGCAGCGAAGUGGGCGAGGAUGGGGAGGAGCACGUGCGCAUGGGAAAGCUGAAUCUCGUCGAUCUUGCGGGAUCUGAGCGGCAGAAGAAGACGCGAGCGGAGGGGCAGCGGCUGCUGGAGGCGAACAAGAUCAACUGGUCCCUCUCCUGUCUUGGAAACGUCAUCUCAACACUGGUUGACGGCAAGUCGAAGCACAUCCCCUACAGAGACAGCAAGCUCACGCGUCUCCUCCAGGACUCGCUCGGUGGAAACGCAAAGACAACAAUGAUUGCCAACUUUGGGCCUGCCGACUACAACUACGACGAGACGAUCAACACGCUUCGCUAUGCUGACAGAGCAAAGCGCAUCAAGAACAAGCCCAAGAUUAACGAGGAUCCCAAGGACGCACUGCUGCGCGAAUUUCUCAAGCAGAUUGAGGAGUUGAAGCAACAGCUGGGAAACGAACCUCAAGGCUCUGGCGACGAGGAGGAGGAGGACAGCUCGGAGGAAGAGGAGGAGGAGGUUGUUGGCUGGGACGGCACUGUUGUCAAGAAGAAGAAGCCAAAGCGCCGCAAAGGCCGCAAGAAGAGCCAGGCGCCGCUGUCGCCGUCCAAAGUGGAGGAGAUCCAGGCGGAGAUCAACAAGGAGCGGGAAGCGCUGCUGCAGCAGACGAACAUGGCGGCAGAGGAGAAGGAGAAGGCUGAGGAAGCGCUGAAGAAGCGCGAGGACGAGUUGACACGACAGCACCAGGCGCGCGUGAAUCUGCAGAAGAAGAUGGACAUGGUGCAAUCCAAACUCAUCGUGGGCGGUGUGAACCUCCUCGACAAGGCAAAGGAGCAGGAGAAGUUGCUGGAGGACGCACAGCAAGAGCUUGAGGCGAAACAACAGCAACAAGAGACGUUGCACCGUGCGCUGGAGGAUGCGGAGGCGAUCAAGUUGGAUCUGGAGAAGAAAUACAGCAGCCUGGAGGAGGAAAUGGCCGACAAGAAAGACAAAAUCAAGAAGUUGUAUGACCAGUACAUUUCCCUCAAGGCGGAGCGGGAUGACACCCGCAGCGAUUACGAGAGCCAACUGCAAAGCCUGGAGGACAACUUGCAUGCACUGCGGUGCGAGGUGCAGCUGCAGGACCUCAUCAUCAGCUCGUGGAUACCGCCGGAGUAUGCCGACGCCAUUGAGCGGCUGGCCGUGUGGAACGAAGAGAUUGGCGACUGGCAGAUACCGGGGCUGCCGCACACGGGCAACAACUACAUGCGCACGGACGCGCAGCACAAAGAGAUGCAGCGCGCUCUUGGUCUCGCGCCUGACGCAAAGCAGCAGGAGGGCAACAAGGCCCCG